AUGAAUUUACAUAGUUCGCUAGCUCUAGAUAUUAAAAAUAGCAAAUUGAUUAUUAUUGAUGAGGCCACAAUGAUGACUAAACACGCUUUGCGAUGCAUUGACCGAUUACUUAAAGACAUUAUGAAAAAUUCCCACCCAUUUGGCGGAAAAGUAAUUUUAUUAGGUGGUGAUUUUAGACAGACUUUACCAGUAGUGCCUAAAGGCUCCAAAGUCGAUAUUAUAGAGUCCUGUAUAAAAAGUUCAUAUUUAUGGAGUCAUUUUAAAAUAAUACAUUUGAUUGAUAAUAUGCGUAUUUCAUCAGAUCAAGUUGAUUACAAUGCUUGGUUACUUAAAAUUGGAGAUGGGCUAUCACGCAGCAAUUCUGAUCUUCCUACAAAUAGUGUUGAAAUCCCACCUUAUUUGGAAAAUGAUUCAUUAAUAAAAUGUGUGUAUGGUAAUUCUAUAGAAAUUGCUGAUAUAGAUAGUCUUUCUACUAAAAUAAUAUUAACCACCAAAAAUAAAAUUGCACUUACCCUCAACAACGAUAUCAUUAAUAUAAUUUCAGGCCCUAUCAAACAUUAUUAUAGUGCAGAUUCCAUUGAAAGCGAUACUAAGGAUGAUAUAAUGAAUUUUCCACUAGAAUUUUUGCAUUCACAAACUCCAUCCGGUAUGCCACCUCACAUAACACUUAAGGUUGGUACAAUUGUUAUGCUAUUACGCAACUUGAGCCCAAAGAAAGGACUUUGUAAUGGUACCCGUUUAAUCAUACGACAUUUACAUAUUAAUUUUAUCGACGCUGAGGUAUUGACAGGCACUAAUAAGGGUUAUCGAGUUUUUCUCCCAGAAUAG